UUUUAGAAAUUUGCGCCCUUCACCACCAUCAUAUACCGUAACCAACCACCUAUCUUCCCCUUGAUUUCAAAUUAUUAAGACCGCUCAACUGAAAAACCCGAACUUGGUACGCAACCGGCGCAGCAUAGCAUAUUUCACUGAGUUGCUUCUCUUAACUGUUCCAGUGACGAUGUCCGAUCAAAACCCUAAACCCUGAUUCAAUUUUCCCGCCAUUUUCUCUUCUCAAGGAGAUGGGAAGCAUUAAGCGAUUGCCUGAGGGCAUUCGGAGUUCGAUUCGAUCAGGGGUUAUAUUGUAUGAUUUCACAAGGGUUGUUGAGGAGUUGGUUUUCAACAGCCUUGAUGCUGGUGCUACCAAGGUAUAUGUUGCUCUUAGUGUUGGGACCUGCUAUGUUAAGGUGGAUGACAACGGAUCUGGUGUUUCACGAGAUGGACUGGUGCUGAUAGGAGAAAGAUAUGUGACAUCAAAAUACAGACACUUGGAUGAUGUGCAUGCUUUCCCAGCAAGCUUUGGCUUUAAAGGAGAGGCUCUGAGCUCUAUUUCUGAUGUUUCUUUGUUGGAAAUUGUUACUAAAACUCACGGAAAGCCAAAUGGAUAUCGUAAGGUUUUGAAGGACGGCAAGUGUUUGUAUCUUGGAAUUGAUGAUGAUAGACAAGAUGUUGGUACAACGGUCAUUGUUCGUGAUUUAUUUUACAACCAACCAGUUCGAAGGAAGCAAAUGCUCUCCAACCCAAAGAGGAUCUUGCAUUCCGUGAAAGAGUGUCUGCUAAGAAUUGCCUUUGUGCAUCCCAGUGUCUCCUUCAGAAUUGUUGAUAUUGAAAGUGAGGAUGACCUGCUUUGCACGCGUGCUUCUCCUUCUCCAUUGCCGCUGUUGUCCGGUGGGUUUGCGAUUCAGGAUUUGAGCUCCCUAAACAAACUGAAUGCAAGUGAUGGUUCAUUCAAGCUCUCCGGAUACAUCUCAGGUCCUGAUGUUUACCCAAUGAAGGUCCUUCAAUAUUUCUACAUCAAUUUAAGAUUUGUUUCCAAGGGACCAAUACAUAAACUACUCAAUAACUUAGCAAUGAGCUUUGACAGCGCUUCUGACAUUGAGCGGCGAAGUAGCUCCCAGAUAUAUCCACUGUUUUUGUUGAACCUAAACUGCCCAAGAUCUUCUUAUGAUUUAACUUUGGAGCCAUCAAAGACCUCUGUGGAAUUUAAGGAUUGGUGCCCUGUCCUUUCCUUUAUUGAAGAUACUGUCACGAAUCUAUGGGCUGAAAAUAACUCUGAUAUGCCUAUGAAUCAUGAGAUCAGGAAAAAGAGGUGCAGGGCCCGGAGUUGCAAACCUACGCUUGAGCUUUCUUCCCCUCAGCCAAAGAAACUAACUGAAGAGUGCUCUGUCAGGAGAGAGAUUCAAUCUUCGCAGAAUAUUCUGUGGGGAAGUGCUUCUGAAAAGCAUGAUCCUAAGUCCAGAUUUCUCUGUCAGACUGAAAGUUCAAAUCGGUCAAUUGAUGGAUCUCUUGCUCGUCGCACAAUGGGGGUGAACUGGAAAUCCGGAAACUCUCCCCAGCCUUUUUCAUCUAAUGUUUUCUCUAUAGGGGAUGAUUUCCUGGAUAACAAAUUCAAUUCUCCAGCUAGCUCCAGUCAUAAAUCAGACUGCCCGUUAGUUCAGGAUGGGAGGAUGAGUGCCACAAUUGUUGCUGAGAGAUCAACAGAGGAAGCCUCGUUUAUGGAGUCUCUUGAGCUUGAUGAUAGUUCAAAUGUGAUGCAUGACAGAAGGAAACCAUUUAUGCAGAGUUGUUCUUUGCGUAGAAGCCUGAUACAUGAUGGAGCAUCUUUUGAUAGUGAUGAAGAUAUUAAACUUAAAAGAAGUGAUUACAGAAUUAAACGAGAUCUCCUUGAAGGUGAUUACAGUGUUGAAUUUGAAGUAGUUGAUGAUAUUAACCAGGUCCCAAAUCAAAGGUUUCCUAGGGGCAAGGAGCUAUAUUUUGAAAAUUUCUCCAGGUGCAAAACUCAAAGCAAGGACAUUCUAGAUGAAGACAAUUAUCUUCUUGACUUUGUUAAACAGACUGAAAAUUAUGGUUCUAGUCAGCUGCCUUUUAGUUCAGAUCCAUGUCCGCUGCUACCAGAUCCUUCGCUUGGGACCAGGUUUCAAGAUGUUGAUCCUUAUAUUGCUGAAAAGGGGAUUGAAACUUCUGUUAAAGAUGAACUUGGUGUCACGUAUAAUUUUGGAAAACAUAAUCUCCUGGUUCCUACCAUAAACAAUUUGGGAAAAGAGGACUGCUUGUUCCCAAGUUUUGCAAAGUUUGGUCUCAAUUUUAAUGCUUAUUCUAGGGAGGAUAUGGGCAGAAUAGGGGGUCAUGAUCCACAGGACAUUUAUAGUUCAGGUCCUUCUGAACUCUAUUAUGAUGGAGAUGAUUUGUCACAUAUACAUUCUCAUGGUGAAGAAAAUCUUAAUAAUUAUUUGAUACCACGAGCUAUGCUCUCCUCUAGGGUGGAUGAGGACUCGCAUAAAUGGAUUGAUACAGGAAAUCAAGGUAAAACAGAUAAGCUACUAAGGAAGAGGAGAAGAAGUCAUUCAGCUCCUCCGUUUUACCAAGGCAAGAAGAAGUUCUUUUCCAUGAGUGAGUCUUUAAGAAAAGCAGCAGGAAAUAACAACCUUAAGACUGUUCAUGAUGCGCCACUCAUGCCAGAAACUAGUGCUGCAAGGAGACUGCAACAUUCAGCAGAAGCUGUUAACUGGGAGCUUCCACAGCAGUCAUCCUAUCAAUGUGAUCAAUCUUCCACCCCAAGUUGUGGUGACGGUAUAUUCUCUAAUGUCAGGCCAAAUGUGAAAAUGAAACUUGUUAACACCUGGAAUAGCAAAUUACAAACUCAAGGGGAGGAGUGCACUAGUACACACAAUCUGGAGUCAAAAGAAGAAUUUGCAUCAACAAAAACUCAAAAUUUCUUAGAUUCUGGGGCGAAAUGGAGGGACUACCGUCCAGAGACUGCACGUGGGAGUGGAGCAGAGGAUCUUAAGAAUCAGGAUACCAUACUCAAUGUCACUUCUGGCAUCUUGCAUUUUGUUGGCAAUUCAUUGGUUCCUGAUACCAUUGAUAAAAACUACCUGGAGGGUGCCAAAGUUCUCCAACAGGUUGAUAAGAAGUAUAUUCCGAUUGUGGCGGGCACAACUCUUGCUAUAAUUGAUCAGCAUGCUGCAGAUGAGCGAAUUCGUUUGGAAGAACUGCGUGAGAAGGUUCUAUCUGGACAAAUGAGGACAACUACAUAUCUUGAUUCCGAACAAGAAUUGGUUAUGCCCGAAAUUGGUUACCAGUUACUACACAACUAUGCUGAACAAAUUCAAAACUGGGGUUGGAUUUGCAACGUUCAUUCUCAAGCUUCAAGAUCAUUUACCAGGAACUUAAAUCUGAUCCACAAGAAGCCAAAAGCAGUCACACUUCUUGCG